AUGGAUCGAUCCCCAGGUAGCCUCUCUACCAGAGAGACGGGGCAAGAGCCUCCUUUUGGAGGAAACGAUCUAGCAGAGGCCCUUGAUCUAGAACUGCUUGCUGCCAUGGGCUAUAAACAGGAGUUUCGCAGGCAUUACUCUACGCUCCAGGUGUUUGCAAUUGCUUUCAGUAUUAUGGGCUUGUUACCAUCGAUCGCAUCAACACUAUCAUUCUCAGUAUCUGCUGGGCCAGCAGCCAUGGUUUGGGCUGACCUUGGCUCUGCAUUGCCAACAUCCGGAGGGUUGUAUUGGUGGACUCACCACUUUGCGGCUGCCAAGUGGAAGAACCCUCUUAGUUUUCUUGUCGGCUAUAGCAACACCAUUGGGCUCAUCGGUGGUAUAUGCUCGGUUGAUUAUAGCUUUGUGCUAAUGGUAUUCGCUAUUGUCUCUUUCGUCCGAGACGGGGAAUGGAUGGCCUCAAGAAAUCUGAUAUAUGGUGUUUACGCAGCUACCAUAGUAACCCACGGGGUCCUCGCUAUCUUGGCCGCGCCCAUAAUGCAUCGUAUACAAACGGCUUGUAUUGUUGCUAAUGUUGGUUUAGUCCUGGCAACAGUCAUCGCUUUGCCAAUCGGAAGGUCACGAACAGUCGAGGGUAUCAACUCUGCAGCCUACGUUUUCGGCCACAUAGAUAACCUCACGACGUGGCCGGCCGGAUGGGCGUUUAUGCUCGCAUGGCUUUCACCGAUCUGGUCGGUUGGCGCAUUUGAUUCCUGUAUUCACAUGAGCGAAGAAGCCAUGAAUGCCGCCAAAGCUGUCCCGUAUGGAAUUCUCGGAGCUAUCGGUGCCUGUUGGUCCCUUGGAUUUGUGUCUCUCUGCAUAAUCGCUGCUUGUAUGAGCACUGAUCCCCAUGCAAUCCUCGAGAGCCGAUUCGGCCAACCAAUCGCCCAGAUAUACUACGAUGCCUUGGGCAAGAAUGCAGCCAUAGGAUUUAUGGUGACGAUGGCGACAGUCCAGUUUUUCAUGGGGUUAAGCAUUGUCAUAGCGGCAUCUCGACAAACUUGGGCUUUUUCCCGUGACGGGGCUCUCCCUUUUUCAGACUACUUGAAAGUCGUCAGCACAAGAUUUCGCUACCAGCCAGCGCGUGCAGUAGCGGGAGUCACCAUCACAUCAGUUAUUCUAGGCUUACUAUGCCUGAUUAACAACGCCGCUACCAACGCUCUAUUCUCGUUGACUGUUGCCGGGAAUAGCGUUGCAUGGGCGACACCGAUAUUCUGCCGCAUCUUCUGGGGCCAAGAUAAGUUUAAACCAGGCUCGUUCUAUACAGGCCGGCUCAGCACCCCUAUCGCCAUUAUCGCAUUGGUGUAUUUGGCUUUCUCAAUCACCCUUUCGAUGUUCCCAACUGCCGGGCCUGCACCGAGCCGUAAGUCCAGCCCGUGUCUCCUGCUCUUCCUCUUCAACGGACAAUAUGAACUACACGGUCGUGAUCAACGGAUGUGUCUGGGUUGGCUCGCUGCUGUAUUAUUUCUUAUCAGCAAAGAGGUGGUUCCAUGGGCCUCAGAGAACGCUUGUUCCGGCAUCACCCUCAGCGGAACCGAUAACAAAGAGAUGAGAUGA